GGUGUGGACUCCUAGGUUUUUAUGUUCUGGUAGCUUCCAAGAACCACUCCCUACCAAAAGCUGCUUUUUGCUAUCUCCUUAAAAAAUUUAAUCCACUUGGCCAAUUCUAUUUAAAGAAAUAAUAAGCCAUGUUUGUUUCUCUUCUCAUUCCUCCAGGCUGAGGGUUUCUUAAACAAUUCUUUCAUUCACUAGACAUAGAUGGAUCUCCCUCUCCCCCUACCACCCCCACCCCCCUAUAAACCUCCAUCCCACAGGCAAACCAAGCCAUCUCCUCUUCGUCAGAUAGUCCUCUCUAAUGGUGCCAGGAAUCAGAAGAUUUCAACACCUGAAGCGCCACACAACAGCACUAAAGUCUCAACACGAGAGCGGCAAGAUACGCCACAGAACAGGGCUAAGCUAAAAACAAGGGAGCAGCCAAUUCUCCAACAUCCUAAGAAGACUAAUCCAAUAGUAUGGUGUGGUGCAAUCCUAUGUUUGCUCUUCAGCCUACUUCUCAUCUUCUUUGGCAUCAUGACUCUAAUAAUCUAUGUGGGUAUUAAGCCAAGGAAUCCUGUGUUCGACACACCAGAAGCAAGACUUAGUGUCAUCUACUUGUAUUCACCGGAAUUUUUGAAUAGUGAUAUAAUAUUUCUUGCUAAUUUUUCUAACCCGAAUAGGAAAUUGGAAGUUAGAUUUGAUAACCUGCACAUUGAACUUUACUUCUCAGAGACGUUGAUAGCGAGCCAAGUUCUUCAGCCAUUUAGUCUAAGGCCGAGAGAAGUGCGGGUGUCACCAGUGCAUUUGCUGUCAAGCUUGGUCUAUCUGCCUCCAAACCUUGCUCUUGAACUGCAAAAGCAGGAGCAGAGGAAUCAAAUAGUUUACAAGGUAAAAGGAAUUUUCAGGGUCAAAGUUAAGCUUGGGAUAGUUCAUUAUUCUUACUGGUUGCAUGCAAAAUGUCAAAUGGAGAUGACGAGUCCACCGGCGGGUGUCCUAAUACGGCAUAGCUGCAUAACCAAAAGAUGAGAGGCAGGAACACUCUUUUUCUUUAAGAUCGAACUAAAUGAAUAUUUUCUACUUCAAAGAUAUUAGAUACAAAAAGGUCGAAACACACACUGCUUGAAAGAUGCGGAAGGCUUGUGUUCUAUGAUAGGCUUACAAAUUUGGCACACUUGUAUACAGCAAAAGACUUAAAUAUAAUCUAAUGAUUGUAUAUGUAUAGAUAAUUUGAUAAUUUCAAA